ACAGAAGGAUGCAAUUAUUAUCAGCAAGUCACCAGAUGAGUGAUAUGUUCUGCAGAUAGGACCAACGAAACCAACAAGUGACGUGUUGGCUUUUUCUCUUUUUUCUUCUCUGUUUUUUUCAUUUUUGUUUUUGGUUUUUCCAAAAUUCGGCAUAAGAUUGUGUGCCAUUGUUAUUAUCAUCAAAUGGUGGCAUUGGGAAGAGGAAUAACGGUGGCUAACACCAUGAUUCUCAGAUCAGAGCUCCAACCUAUGGCACCCGACCGCAUUAGUUCUUCCUCUUCUUCUCGUCAAAAGGACCUCGUUUUCGUCGUCAACCCUCUUGGUGCUAAUGGGAAGACUGGUAAAGAAUGGAGGAAGUUAGUUCCAUAUCUACGGUCUCGCCUUGGUAAAGAAUGCAAUAUAUGUGAAUCCUUAACCUCGGGUCCUUGUCAUGCUAUUGACAUAACAAGAGAGGCUAUAAGGGAGGGGGCUGAUGCUGUCAUUGCUGUUGGAGGUGAUGGAACUCUUCAUGAGGUUGUUAAUGGGUUUUUCUGGGCUGGAAAACCUGUUGGUAGUCAGAUGAAGGAGUCUGCACGUUCAACUGCUCUUGCUCUCAUCCCCUUGGGAACUGGUUCUGAUUUUGCAAGAACAUUUGGGUGGAAAAAUGAUCCCUACGAGGCCAUUGAACGAAUUUCUAGAGGGUUGAGAUCAAGGAUAGAUGUUGGUGUUAUCAGCGGAGAGAAUUGUGAUCAUCAUUACUUCAUAAACGUUGCCGACAUUCAUUUGAGUGCAAAGGCAGGUUUUCAUGCUUCUAAGUACAAGAGAUUUGGUAACCUUUGCUAUAUCAUUGGUGCAUUGCAAGCCUUCAUGGGGCAUCAAAACCAGGAUCUAAGAAUCAAGUUCAAUGAAGGUGAGUGGGAGACUUUUCCUCAAGUGACAGCCCUUUGUGUUGGAAAUGCAAAAUACUUCGGUGGCGGUAUGAAAAUUACGCCAAAUGCUGAUCCUUUCAGCGGAAAUUUAGAGGUUGUGAUUCUUCAGAACUUUAAAUGGUAUGAUUUUAUCCUGAAAUUACAUAAGCUAUACAGUGGGACACAUCUCUCGGUUAAAAAUGUAUCUGCUAGAAGUGUACUUUCUAUCGAAGUGGAUGACAUCUCAGGCAAGGGUGGUAUUUAUAUUCAAUCUGAUGGGGAGCAUUUGGGGUUCCUUCCAAAAAAGAUUUGUGUUCUGCCUGGUGCUAUCGAGAUGAUAGUCUGAUUCAGUCAGAGAAUGACAGAACCAACGAAAUAUAGAUGAUGUCAUUCAUGCUGUGUAAUUUGCCAGAUUAGAUAGAGGGAGGAAGAGUUUGUUUAUUGUGUGUAGGCAUCAGAGUAGGAUUCUUACAUCUUUUGCUGUCGCCUGAGGGAGAAUAGUUGUAAUUUUGAAUCAGCAAUGAAUCAUCAUAUAUAUUUUUUAACUGUAUAAUGUUUCUACAGUUAUAGAAUGUAGAGAAAAGGUAUAAAUUAGAAAUUUAAUAAAGUUUAUCAUGCCAUCAACAUUUUUUGAACUUUU